CACCUUUAGCUUCACCUUUGUUCAUCAUAGAUUCCCCAAUGCAGUGUUUUGGGGUAGGUUACGGUCUAGUGUUCUUGGUUUAGCAGCAGCAUCAAUGUUAUCGCCAUCGUCUGCUCUCUUUUGCUCUCAGAAUCGGAGCUUUUCCUAGUCUUGCUCUCUUUUGGAUUGGAAUUUUCGUUUUUGAUCUCUCCAUUUCUAUGAUGUGGUUGUAGUUGAAUGAAAUUCUAAAUGGCACGGUUAAUUAUUGAUUGGAGUAAGCUAAUAGACGACAAGCCUCCGGUCGAGUUGGUGGUCGCUACCAAAGCAACUCCGAUGAUUACCCUAGACGACGGGGAAGAGCAAAAUGACGAGUUUUCAAACCUUAGGACUGAUGAACUAACUGAAAAAAUUAACAGGUUCAAAAGUUUGUUGAGCACCAAAGGCCCUAGAUUAGUCGACGGGGGCGAGAAACUGAAAACAACUAUAAAAAAGUACGAGGCUGAAUUUGAGAGGAGAAAAUUGCUUAGCUCCGAUAAGGGAACAGAUGGAUGUGCCUUAUUGGGGAGGCAUCACUCUAGUUCUAUUGGUGCAGCUAAUGGCCUAGGGCAGCGGUCUGCACAAUCAGCACCCCGCUCGCAAUCUGCUUUUGCUGUGUGCUUUUCGAAAAAGCUGGAAGAAAAACAGGCUAACUCUAAGACACCCAAUGGUUUCCAAAAUGAAUUACAUGCUCUGAAUACGUGUGGCCGCAAAAGGAUAUUAACCAAAAAGUUUUCUCCAAGAAGAAGAUGUAAGACAUCAUUGUCUUCACGAGAAGCACCUUUUAAGUCCCCUCUAAAUAUAGAUGAACGAGAAUUUUAUGCUCAUGGAAAGACAAGAGACAUUUCUACUUCUUCUCCUCGUUAUUCUGAAGAAAGUUUCUCUAGCCGUGUCAGGAAAGAGUGGAAACCUUCUCAAACCCAUUCUGCCUGUUCUUUGAGGCAUGCAAAUGAUGAGGCUGUUGUUCUACUGGAUGAGGAGGAACCUGAUGUUGUUGAACCAAGACAGCAAGCACAUCAUGUGGUUGAGAGCACAAAGACAACCAAGAUAUACUAUCCUUCAAGGGAUGAUCCUGAAGCUGUCGAAAUCUAUUACUCAGAUAUGGAAUCUCUUGCUCCUGAAGCAUAUUUGUCAUCUACUAUAAUGAAUUUCUACAUUCGGCACCUCCAGCAGAGAAAAUCUCCUGCAGAUGGAGAAAGGUGUGAUUAUCACUUCUUUAAUACAUAUUUUUACAGCAAGCUCAAAGAGGCUGUUUUCAGCAAGCAGAAUGAGAAGGAAGCUUCAUUUUUCAAAUUAAGACGGUGGUGGAAGGGUGUGAAUAUAUUUGAGAAAGCGUAUAUAUUUCUUCCCAUACAUGAAAGUCAUCACUGGAGCUUGGUAAUAAUUUGCAUACCAGAUAAAGAAGACCAACUGGGGCCAAUCAUUCUUCACUUGGAUUCAUUGAGGCUCCACAGCAGCAGCUCUCUUUUUGGUACUAUGAAAAAAUUUUUGAUAGAAGAAUGGAAAUUCUUGAGACAAGGAGUAGUGGCAGAUUAUCCUUUUGCAGACAAAAUAUGGGAAAAUCUUCCUCAAAGAAUAGACGAUAACAUUAUUCCGGUCCCACAACAAGGAAAUGAUUAUGACUGUGGACUCUUUGUGCUAUUCUUUAUGGAACGAUUCAUCGCUGAAGUUCAUGAAAGACUUAAAAAGAAGGAUCUGACAAUGUUUGGAAGAAAGUGGUUUAAACCUGAAGAAGCAUCUCGUAUGAGGCGGAUAAUUCGUGACAUACUUGAGGAAAAAUUCAAGAAUCCAAGUGACAAAUAGUGUUUCUUGGUCACCUUUUUUUACAACAUACCCAGAUAAUCCCAAAGUGUUUCUUGGUCACCUACCAUCCGUAAAUAACUGCUGCUGCUGCUGUUGACAAGCAAUUCUUUAUCAAUGGAGCAACUGCUUAUUAGCAACAUUCCUGAUGUUGGGGAUCAAUAGUAGAUAUUGUAGUUACUCAUAUACCCUAGAAAUUUACAUGAGAUUCUAGAAUCUCUCUAUAUACUCUGCCUAGGAAGGUUUCUCCUGAAAUGUAGGAAGAUUGGCAGAUAACAUCGCGGAGAGCUUCCUUUGGUUGGAUAAGUUCAUAUCGACCAUUUUCUUUCAAAAGCAGAAGCUGGACCAAGUACAUUUGGCAUGGUAAUAGGACUUAGGUGGUCUCUGCAGAUCAACAUCUUUUGGUCUUUCCCUUCCAUUAGUA